AUGACGGAAGCCACAAGCACAGCAGCACCUUCCAAGAAGCUCUCCCGCCGCCGGUCCUCCAAGCGGAAGGGCUGGGCGGCAGUGACGUCAUCAUGGGCGGCGGUGUUUGUCGUGGCGCUGGGCCUGCUGACGUGGACGCUGUACCUGUACUCUGCCACCCACCGCCUGAUCUCUCCGCCAUCUACCUCUGGCUCAACUUUUUCCUCACCUCGCAAGCUGCAGCAGGUCGUGAUCCCCCCUCCCCCCUCCCCCCUCUCCCGUCUCCCCCUUCUCCGUGCUCUCUCUGCCCCCCCACCUCCCCCUGCCCCCCCUCCUCCCCCUGCCCCCCCUCCUCCCCCUGCCCCCCCUCCUCCCCCUGCCCCCCCUCCUCCCCCUGCCCUGCCUCCUCUCCCUGUCCUCCCUUCUCUUCCUUUUCCACUCCCUCUCCCCCCUCCCCUCGUUUUCUUUUCUCCCUCCCUCCGUCGCUCUCUUUCCUCUCAUUCCUCUCCCUCCUCUCUCCUUUUCUUUCUCCUCUCCCUGCCCUCCCUCCUUUCUUUUUAA